AUGGCCGAACCAAUCCCCGACAGCCUGCGACAGGCAGACAUUACGAGAUUUAUCAAUCGCGCAAACCAGCUGCGUCAAUACAAACCCGUAGUGACCUACUGGUGCGAAUACUGGGUGGUCAACCAAAUCCUAGCCAAGGGCCUGCACAAUGUCGACGACGAGAGUCUUUCUUACACAACAAAUCUUAUGGACCGACUUGAGCAGACCAAAACCGAGAACGCCCAAGAAGAGGCCAUCACCGACGACACAGUUGGCCAAGCAUACGUUGAGCAAUUCGCUCAGGAAGCUUUCGACAGAGCAGAGAAGGUUAUGCGCGCGAACCGGGUCACGAGACAAACCGCCGACACAUUUGAUGCUGCUGCGACGUUCCUCCUCCUGGGCAACAUUUGGGGCCCCGUGGACGAGGAGACACUCAAGAAGGUCAAGUUUGCAAAGUGGAACGCUGCUCGAAUACUCAAGGCUAUCAAGGAAGGGAAGGACCCCAACGAUUCGAACCCAAAGCAGGAUGAGCCCGCUGCCGAGGACGCUCUUCCUGCCUUGGAUCCCAAUGACCCCGACGUCCAAGGUCUGACCUCCCCAAAGCCUGCAUCCGUAGAGGAUGACCCGGAGACCGAAUUCUACAAAAAGGCGCCGGCACCAGCAGAGACCUCACCGACCGUCGAGCCUAGUGGGCCUCAACCUGCCCGGUCUAGCGUGCUUGAUCUCCCGUCAGUUCCAUCAGCGAACGACCUCGACCCGCCGCUACCUCAGACGCAGGGCUACUUUGACCCUCCCGAACAAUUCCCACCAUCUCCUUUGAGCCACUCCGGCGUUAAUGACACAUCCACGACAGCAAACGCUCCGUCAGCCCAUUCUCCUUAUGCCGCAUCCUCGACCGGCCCAUCAUUCAGCCCGGCAAACGCUGCGUCGCCGUGGCAGCCACCUCAGAUACCCCCUUCUAAUGCCACCAAAUCACCUCCUCCUCCGGCGCCUCAACAGUUCAAGCCACCGCCGAUUGUACCUCAGCCCAACGGCCCCGUGAUUCCCGCCUCGCACAACUCAUGGACGCCGAGUAGUGCGCCGUCGGAUGACAUGGAUUUGCCCAAGGCACAGAAGCACGCCAAGUGGGCGAUAUCUGCGCUGAACUUUGAGGAUGUGCCGACAGCAGUCAAGGAGCUGCGUAAUGCACUGGCUGCCUUGGGUGCUCAGUAA